AUGCCACCACCACCAACAGCACUCAAGAAGAAAACGGGUACAAAAAAUCCGCCCAUCUUCAGUCAAGAAUAUCUCAUUCAAAAUCACGGUGACAUUGCCUGUGGUAUCUUGAUGAUAGUUGCCCUAGGCACGGUAGUGCAUGCAACAUCGCCUUACUGUAUGGCAUUCUUUGGUCCGCGCCAUAACGUCACAACAUUGGAAUCGUUAAAUUCUUCACCAGCACCACUCUUUAAUUACGGUUAUAAAGACCUAGCUAUGCUCUUCUCUUAUACACUCAUCUGUAUCACAGCCCAUGCUAUCUGGCAAGAGUAUGUCCUGGAUAAAUUAUAUAAGAAAUUACAUUUGUCAAAAUCGAAGAAUGCGAAGUUUUUCGAAUCGGGUCAAUUGAUUCUCUUCUAUGUCAUCAGUGUUCUUUGGGGAAUGAUGCUAUUCAAUGAAGAAGCUUACUUUAAAUCUGGUCUAGAAUAUCUCUGGCGUGACUAUCCUUACACAGGCAUGACAACAUGGACAAAGCUUUAUUUUAUCGUUCAAUUGUCCUACUGGUUACAUAACUUUCCUGAACUAUACUUACAAAAAGUUCGCAAAGAAGAUAUUCCUGCUCGCAUUGUGUACACAAGUCUCUAUUUAAUCACAAUUCUCUACGCUUAUUUGACACGUUUCUGGCGUAUCUCGCUGGUUUUACUCACAAUUCAUUAUACAAUCGAAAUCUUCUAUCAUGCUUCGCGUCUCGCUCAUUUCUACGCGACAACUAAAACCGGUCCGACACCAGCUAGAUCAAUCUCCACUUAUCUAUUCAAAACUUGGAAUGUUAUCUUCGUUAUCGGUCGUCUUGCGUCAGUUGUUUUAGCCUGGUUAACAUUUUGGUUCGGUUUAAAAACCACCUCGAUCAACAAAAUUACAUUUACAACAGCUCCGGUGACAAAUUCAAACGAUAACAAUGGAACAAUCAAUGAGUCGGUCAUUAUCUCAAACUUCAACACACCAACUGUUCGUCUAUUUACACUUGUUGCUACCGGUGUUCUACAAUUCUGGCUUGUUUGGAAUUUUAUUCAAUUUCAUAUGCGUCGUCGUCGUGAACAACGUAGUGCACGUCCAACAACAAUGACUUCACCAAAAGUCUCUAAUAAACUCAAACAAAAACAACAAGGUCUAACAAAUGGUAAAUCGGACAACGACGAAACAGUCGAUCAACCUAUUUUUGCUACUAGCAGUCAUAGCAAUAAGAAGAGCAAUUAG